AUGGACUUGAAGAGAAUGGCCCUUGAUCUUGAGACGGUUGAUAGUUGUUACGAUCAUGUAGAAAACGCCGAAGACAAAGUAAGAGGACUUGCUGUUAAAAACGAGUGUUACGUACAUGACUCUAUUAUACCAAUGAAAAAGGGGACUAAAAAGAUGAGUCGUUGUGGUGAAUGUUUAGACCUUGUCGGGCCAAGUAACAUCCAAGUCCAGUGCACAACUGCCGGAACUUUUCGAUCCAGAAAGGUGAAUGAAAUUGUUGAGACAAAUUUCAUGUUAAUCAAUAUGGUGAUAGUCAACCAUGAUUUGUACGACAUAGUAGCUACAACAUCUGACAAUUAUAACGAUGAGUACUGUGAAAUUGCAAUUAGACAGAGUCAAUGUAACAAUUUACCAAAUCCAUCACUUUAUGUAGUCGAUAACAACGAAACACAUUCAAAAGUUCAAGUACUUAAUAUGCAUGAGGUCACUGAAUUCUUGAUAAUAAACAACGUCCAAUAUAUCUUAGGAUUGGAUCCGUAUUUUACUAUUCCACACUUUGACAUCAACAUAAAAGUUAGUGCAAUAACAUUCACAAAUGAUGUGAUACACUUUUUAAAUGUCAACUUGACAAAGAACAAUCUGAUCACUUCAACAACAAAGUACGACGUGUCAAAACUUGAGGAUUGCCAAUAUGACCCAAAUUGGAAUAUCUACUCAACUGGAGCAGAAAGAGAGACCAACGACUAUUUCAAGUGGAUGUUCCGUUCUUCGGACAAAAGUGGUAAAAUGUAUUACGAGGAGAACAAAACUGAAGUUCUCGAAACAGAAAAUUACCUCAGGUUUCAGAGUCACGACGAUUUCACUAAAAUUGUGUUUGUUGCACAAACUCCAAUAAACUUUUUUGAGCAGUACACCCUUUUUUCUUUUACAGCGUCAUCUGACAAGAAAUGGGAAUAUCAAGAAAACUAUGUGGGUGUUGGAAAUAGUUCACAAGAGUACUUUGACAGUAUCAUUAAAUGCGUUGGUAUGCCAAUCGAUGUGAUAAACACAAAAGUGAAUGACAAUCAGUAUAACAUUUCAAUGAAAAUGUACUUCAACAAAACAUGUAGUUACUUGGGCAAUGUCAUUGCACUCGAUUUCAUUACAAGUGAAAAUAGUGAGUUAAAAGUUACUUCGGCGCUAUUAAUAAAACGAGAAGACCAUCAACAGUCGUGUUCAUAUGACACUCUCAACUGUGAAAAUGUCAUUUGCACUGUGAGGGAUGCAACUAUAGAUGAUGGUGUUGGGAAGUGGCUCAAUGGGUGUAUUCCAACAUGUGGGAAAUGUCGGACUGGUUUUGAGUGCACGACCACGGGCAAAUGCGUCGAGUCAAUAGUUUACAACUCGAGAAGUCGAUGUUCCAGACUCUUCGUCUUCCUUGUUUUUUUCUGUGUUUUAUUCAUUUAG